AUGUUGGAUAUGCAAUUCCCCACCCUGUCUGACGAUGAACAGUCAAAUGGUGAGAUGUUAGAAUUGGGGUUUCCUCCAGAGUCAGACGUGGGAGAUGUGCUAGAUUUGGGGUUCGAUAUCGAUGUCAGUGAUCCAGCCAGACACACAGAUGAGGUGCUGGAAAUGGGCUUCAACAUGAAUCAUGUAGAUGAAUCGCUGGACUUAAGGAAUAAUAUCACGCCGGAUGAAAACCCUCUGGAGAUGGGUUUUGAUAUGGAUUCGGUGCAUGAAAGCCCUCUAGAGAUGGGUUUUGAUGUGGAUCCGGCGCAUGUUGACCCGGAUCGAUCUUUCGCUGUCAUUCGACCGGAUCCCAUUGGAUUUGUAAUCCAAUGGGCUGUAGGCAAUUUGCAUAUAGCAAUCCACCGGUUGGAUAUGGACCGGGCUGGUGAUGCAAUGUCGCCGGACGAGGCCUUUGCAAGACAAGAAGUCCUUGACUGCACACAAGAGUUGUUGCUGGCAUGUCAACUGAUAUCGAUAUCUCGACUUUCAACAUGA